CUCUUCCUCCUCAUCCUUGCCACUCACAACAACAAACGCCCCACAUCCCCAUCAUGUACUGCCUAACGCGAGACAAGCCCAUCAGACUGUCCGAGAAGGACGACGACACCCUCCUCGACGAGGUGUAUGCCGUCGACGAGAAGCCACUCCUUCCCUUCCCCACUCGCCCCGGCGAGGACGAGAUGCAGGAGCGUCUCAAGGAGCUGCGCGCACAGAUUGCCGAGGCCAAGCUUGACUGGUACAUCGUCCCUAGCGAGGACGAGCACCAGUCCGAGGAGGUCGCUGUCUCUGAGCGCCGCCGCGAGUACAUCACCAACUUCAACGGAUCGGCGGGAACGGCCAUCGUCCCCUCGGCUUCGAUCAACGCCAAGGCCCUCCUGUUCGUCGACUCGCGCUACUGGGCCCUCGCCGAGGACGCCGUGCCCAAGGCCAACUGGGAGGUCCGCCGUGUCGGCUCGACAGGUGGUAGCGGGCGUGACAGUGUCGUUGGCGGCUGGGCCGAGUUUGUCGUGAACGAGCUCGAGGACGGUACCCGCGUCGGUAUCGACCCCAAGCUAAUCUCGGAUGGCGUCGCCAGGUCACUUGUCAGCCGCCUGUCUCCCACGGCGACCGAGCUGGUCCCCGUGAAGGAGAACCUGGUUGACCGCACCCGUGUCCCACCUGCUCGCUCGCUCGGCCCCCUCAAGACGUACCCCGUCGAGCUGUCGGGCGAGUCGACCAAGUCCAAGAUCACUCGCCUUCGCACCAUUCUCACCAGCUACGCUCGGGCAAACAACUGGGUCUACCUUAUCCCCACUCUCCCGACCAUCACCUGGCUGUACAACUACCGUGCCACCGCCGACGUCCCAUUCCUGCCAGUCGCGUUCGCCUACGCCGCGCUCACGCCCACCGAGGCCGUCAUCUUUGUCGACGAGCGCAAGGUCACCGACCAGGCUCUCCUCGCCGACUGGAAGGCUGCGGGCGUCACUGUUCGUCCUUAUGGCGUGGACGAGGUCGAGGCGUUCGUGAAGCAGACCGUCGCCAGUGUCCCCGCCGAUGACAAGGAGGCCAAGUACAGGAUCUUUGCCUCCAACGCCAGCAGCUGGGCUCUCAUCAAGGCUGCCGAGCCUGUAGGUGUCCGGUCGUUUUUCUCACUGACAAGUACUCAGAACCCCGUCAACCUCAUCACUUGCCCCGUUGACGCCGCCAAGGUCAUCAAGAACGAUGUCGAGAUUCAGAACUACCGCAACGCGUACCUCCGCGACGGUCGCGCCAUGGUCCGCUGGUUUGCCUGGCUUGAUGAGAGGCUCGUCAAGGAAGAGAAGAAGAUUGGCGAGUGGGCGGCCGGCGAGGUUCUCACCCGUUUCCGUAGGCAGGAGGACAAGUUUGCUGGCCUUGCCUACCCAAACAUCUCGGCAACCGGACCUAAUGCUGCCAAUGCCCACUAUGCCCCAUCACGCGGCAACGAGUCCACUAUCGACCUCGAGACGCCUUAUGUUAUUGACGCCGGACCUCAGUACCUCGACGCUACCAUUGACACCACCCGCACCUGGUUCUUCGGCAAGACGCCGUCGGACGACAUUAAGCGUGCGUACACGCGCGUCCUCCAAGGCCACAUUGCGGUGGCUACACAGACCUUCCCUCGCAAUGCAGAUGCCGGUGGACUGGGGCUCUACUCGAAGAAGUUCCUCUGGGAGGAUGGCCUCGACUAUGGACAUGGCCUCGGUCACGGUGUCGGCAACUACGGCGAGGUUCACGAGGGCCCUGUGGCAUUUGCGCGCGGCUUCUCCUUCCUCCCCGGUCACGUUACGACGAUCGAGCCCGGCUUCUACCUCGAGGGCCAGUGGGGUAUGCGUGUUGAGAGCGUGUACCUUGUCAAGGAGGUUGAGACAAAGUACGACUUUGGCGGCCUGCCGUACCUCGGCUUCGAGGGCCUCACGCAGGUGCCUAUUGACACACGCAUGAUCGACUGGAGCCUCACGACGAAGCCCGAGAUCAAGUGGAUCAACGAGUACAACACGUCGGUUGAGAAGGCUCUCACGCCUCUUCUCGAGGACGAGCUUGAUCGCGAGGCACGGGACUGGCUUAAGCGUGUCUGCAAGCCCAAGUUCAUCUUCCCCUGGUAGUGAUGUCAUUGCGGCUGCGUAACGGCGGUUUCGGCGGUUUAGGAGUUGAACGUAGAAGAAGGCACGGUACCGCGCAGUCUAUUGUUUCUCCGCGGACGGAUAGCAUAUUCAUACAGGCAGGAGUUGAUGAAGUGAUUGAUCAUGG